GCUAGUAUUAAAGGAAGUUCGAUAGCUCCAAAACUUGAGUAUUUCCUUCUUGAGAGAAUCAGUUUCAUCCAGAGUUAAGAGAGGGUCGGUGAGAGAACACUUCAAUGGCGACAGACGCUGUGGUUUCCUUUGCGGUUGAAAGGAUCGGUGACAUGCUCAUUCAAGAAGCAAUUUUCUUGAAGGGGGUACGGGGGAAAGUGGAGAGGCUGCAGAAAGAUCUAAGGGCGAUGAAAUGCUUCUUGGAAGAAGCGGAGAAGAAGCAAGAAGAAGAUUUAAGAGUGCGCAACUGGGUUUCCGAAAUCCGUGAUGUGGUUUAUGAUGUUGAGGACAUCAUAGACAUGUUCAUCCUGAAUGCAGAGUCCCUGAGAACAGACUACUUUCUCAAGCGUGUCUUCAAGAAGUUGAUAAACCGCCAUAAGGUUGGCAAGAAAAUUGAAGACAUCCAACUGACCCUCCAAGACAUCUCAAAUAGGCGGGAGGCUCUAGGAAUAAAAAAUAUUGGAGAAGGAACAAGAGGUUCGGGUCAAAUGUUGCAGGAUCUAAGACGCUCCUCUCCUCGUGCAGAAGAGCGUGUCAUCGUGGGCCUUACGCAGGAGGCAGAUAAGCUAGUGAGGCAGCUGAUCGGAGGAGGCCAAAGACGCCGCGUGAUUUCCAUAGUAGGAAUGGGCGGCAUAGGCAAAACCACCCUUGCCAAGAAGGUCUAUAAUCAUGAAAAAAUUGUGGAACACUUUCCAGAAUUUCGUGCCUGGAUUUAUGUAUCCCAAGAUUGUAGACCCAGAGAGGUUUAUAUGCAAAUUAUUAACCAGGUUUCUGCACCGACUAAAGAGCAAGCAGAAAUGAUAGAGAAGUAUGGUGAGAACGAGUUGGGGGAUUUCCUUCAUGAUCAUUUGAAGGAGAAAAAAUAUUUGAUAGUUCUGGAUGAUGUAUGGAGGUGUGCCGAUUGGGAUUUUCUUGCAAAAGUGAGCACCAACGAUCCUGAUUGCCUUGGAAAUGUUUUUCCCGAUGGGAGUAACGGCAGCAGAUUACUUCUUACAACUCGAUAUAAGGAUGUUGCUUUGCAUGCAGAUGCUCGAACUAUUCCCCAUGAAAUGCGGCUUCUUUCGACACAACAGAGCUGGGACUUGUUUUGUCGGAAGGAGUUCCUUCAUGCUGAUAGCGAGAGGUAUCCUCCAGAUUUGAAGGAACUUGGGAAAGAGAUGGUGGACAAAUGUAAAGGUUUGCCAUUGGCCAUCGUUGUAUUGGGGGGUUUGCUGUCAAGAAAUACGUCACAUACAGCCUGGAAGCAGGUGCACGAUAACAUUAGUGCAUACCUUGAUAAAGAAGGCCAAAUGGGAGUAAUGGCAAUGCUAAACCUGAGCUACAUCGACUUGCCCCAUUACUUGAAACCGUGCUUUCUUCAUUUAAGCCUCUUCCCAGAAGAUUAUGUGAUCUCCUCAAGAAAACUGCUCCUUUUAUGGACUGCUGAGGGUUUUGUGCGAGAACAAGAUGACCGAAGAAUGAAAGACAUGGCUGAGGUUUACUUGAAUGAGUUAAUCAAUAGAAAUUUGAUUCAAGUAGUGAGAAUGAGUGUUAAUGCAAGGGUUACGAAAUGUCGGGUUCAUGACCUUGUACGAGAGUUGGCCAUUGAAAAGGCAAAAGAGCAAAACUUCAUUGGAACUAAUAUCGCAGAUCCUCUAUCCCCCUCCACCAGUUUAUCUCUCUUUUCACCUAAAUCCCGUCGAAGAAGUAUUUAUUCUGACUUUGAAAGGACCUUUACAAAGGGUGAACUUAGAUUUUUCCGUGAAAAAGGUCAAACAACAAAACGCUCCAGGCAAGCAGUUAAAGAAUUAGCCGCCAUCCUCGGAUAUCCAGGAAAAACUCGUGGCCAAAAUCACAUAUAAUUUGAGCAUGCCAAACAUGUUCGAUAACCUGAAGAUUAUGCUGCAGUAGAUUUUCCAGGAGCUUCUACCUCAUGCUGGAUUCCAUGAUGGAGUGAUUGAAAGGAAACAUAAGGCCAUGCUAUUAAAAUCUCAUGUAUUUUAGUUAGCAAUCUCUACUUUCAGUGAUGGUCAUACUACGGUUGAACAUAUUUAUACUGUAUCUAAACCAAAACCAAUGUGCUUAUAAGUUUGUUGAAUCAAAUUAUUAGAUGUUUGUUUGUACAAUUAUAUGUAUAUUAAGUGACAAUUAGGAUGAUGUAUUUGAAGGCUUUGCUUGGCAUGCAAAA